AUCCUGCAGAGUCCCCCCCUCCCUGUGAUGGAGGGAGAUGACGUCACUCUGAUCUGUAGAACAAAGAUGGCCGCCUCCCCCCUCCCUGCUGAUUUCUACAAAGAUGGCGUCUCCCUCAGGACUGAGUCUGCAGGUCACAUGACCCUCCACCAUGUCUCCAGGUCUGAUGAAGGCCUCUACAAGUGUAGAGUCCAGAAUAAAGGAGAGUCUCCAGAGAGCCGGCUGUCUGUCUCAGAAAGACCAACAACCACCAGUUCCCCAACUACUGCAUCCUCCCUCCACCUUGAGUUCAGGGUGGUCAGCCACAUGGUGGUCUUCUGCCCGUACUGCAUCUGCACCUUGAUCAUGGUGUCUUUGUAUCGACAGAAGGCCACAGGAAACGACUCAUCCGUCUCCGUGGUGAUGACCUCGCCCACUCACGCAGAGCAGGGAUUGGACGAUCACUAUGAUGAUGUCAUGUCUGCAGUAACCACAGAGCAUCAGUUCUGACCUGGUCCACAUCUUCUAGUUCCUGUAGGGGUGCUGUAAUUACACACUCGCACUCCAUCAUCGCAUUAGAUUGUUUUUCUAGCUGAACGGAUAAUUAUGUUACUGAAAUAAAGUAUAUCUAAUAUAAAUGACUUUCUACAAAUGUUUCCAAUAAAAAUCUGCAAAAACCAA